AUGUCAAGAACACACCUUAACAUUGUUGUUAUCGGCAACGCCGGGUCCGGCAAGUCGACGAUAAUUGGUUGUCUCGUCUCCAAACUGGAAGGUCAAUACGAUGGUCUGGCCCAGCUGGUCCAGGAGAACGCCCAUCCCGAGAAAUACGGAACCGCUUAUGACUAUGCGAAGGCCAUCAAUGAAUAUGCGAGCAGAGAAAAUGAGGAUCCCGAUGCAAUCACUCCGUGGAACAUGGAGACACCUAAAUAUGACAUUUCGCUCUAUGAAAUCCCCGACCUAGAUUCCUUCCAUGACAAUGUUUCAAGUGGCAUCAUCCCCGCCGAUGGCGCCAUCCUGGUGCUUUCCGCUUCUUCUGGGGAGGGUCUUGAAGCUGGCGAGAACGAUCAGACUAUCCAGUUUGCUAAACUUGCCAACGAGUUGGGUAUUUCCCAGAUCGUGCUCGCUAUUAGCAAGAUGGACACCACGCGCUGGUCGGAGGAUCGUUUCAACGAAUACUUAAAGGAAACUUGCCAUUUGCUGAAACGCAAAGCCCAAUAUAACAUCAGAGCAGUAGCAGGUGUUCCUAUUUGCGCUACUUACGGGGACAAUAUGUUGGAAGAGUCCCCAAAUAUGGCGUGGUACAAGGGUUGGACGAAGGAGGCGCGCGGUGGUGUACUUAAGGGUAAACCCCUCCUAGAUGCUAUCGAUGGUGUCGAGCCUCCUGUUCGUCGCAGGAACUGA